AUGUUCUUCCCAAAAGCCCUCCUGCUAGGAGCGUCGCUCUACUCGUACGCCCUGGCACAGACCAAAAUUGCAUUCACCCAUGUCCCGGCUGUUGUUGUCGCUGGUGAAUCGUACAACAUCACCUGGGGUGGUGGUGACGAUACGCCUGUCACCAUCACUCUCCGCGAAGGAGACCCAGAUGACCUGAAGACUGUGCAGACGCUGGCAGAUGGCAUCUCCGAGGAUUUCUUCGUUUGGACUGUGCAGAAAGACCUCAAGACUGCCAACGACUAUGCUUUGCAGAUCACUCAGGGUCAGAACGAUAUCAAUUACAGCGGCCAAUUUUCCCUUACGAGCUCUACCGCGUCAACCACUGCGUCGGCCUCGGGGAACUCGACUGCCAGUAUUACAUCAACAAAUUCUGGAGCUUCGCAAGGAACAGGAUCUGCCAUUCCAAGGAACACCACGUUCAGCUCUGCCACGAUUUCGCGCACCGCCAGCCUGCCAUCUACAACCACCGAGACAUCAUCAGGAUCUGUAACAUUCGGCGACAUGACCUCAACAUCUUCCUCGUCGCCAACGGCCGCUGCAACGACGAGUGCUCCAGAUUCAAAUGCCGCCGGAGUUGCGCAGCUUGGAAGCUCGGCGGCUAUGGUCAUGGGCAUCUUCGCUGCGGUCGUGUGCUUGAGCUAG